AUGGAUUUAUAUGAAACCGUGUCGAAUAAUUUGGGAUCACGAUCUCCCACAACUGAGGCGACUAUUGUGACCCCCGUUGCAGUCACUUUGGAAGACAUAAACACUGAUGAUGAUACAACAACGGAAAAUCAGCAUACUCGCCGCUCCAAUCCCAAUGGACUCCAAGAAAUUUUGACGAAAAACGCCGUGACAGAAGAUUCAACUGAUACGAGCCCAAGGACUACUCCCUACCCAGCUGAGGAGACCACAGCUUUCUGUAUAUGCUAUUCUCCGUAUGAUCACACAGAUGUGAUAGACAUGGAGAUACCUCGGAAGACUACACCACCGCCAGGCAGCGACAAGACCUGUACAUGUUAUCCUCCGUAUGAUCCCACCGAUGUUAUAGGAAUGAACGCUAUCAGAAGUGAUCCAAUCUCCAUGGUCGGUAGUCAGAAAAAUACUCCACCACCAGCCAAAGAGACCACAACUACUUGGGAGGAUACAGAUCCUACGUAUGAUCCAAGAAUUUUCCUGAGAAAAAAUGCCAUCACCGGAGAUCCAACUCCAAUGGUCGGCAAUCAGAAGACGCCAGCCAAAGAGACCACAACGACCUGGGAGGAUACAGAUCCUACGUAUGAUCCGAGAAUUUUCAUGAGAAAGAACGCGCUCAACGAGGAUCCAAUUCCAAUGGUCGGAAGCCAGAAAACUACUUCACCGCUAGCCAAAAAGACCACAACAAACUGGGAGGCUACAGAUCCGACGUAUGAUCCCAGGAUUCUCUUGAGAAAGAACACUAUCACCGGAGAUUCGAUUUUUAAGGUCGGCAAUCAGAAGACUACUCCGCUGCCAGCCAGAGAUGCCACAGCAACCUGGAAGAAUACAGAUGAUCCGCUUGAUCCCACAAUUUUCGCGAUGAAGAAUGCCAUCAACCGAGAUCAAAAUCCAGUUGUCGGCAGUCAGAAGACUACUCCACGACCAGCCAAAGAGACCACAACGACCUGGGAGGAUACAGAUCCAACGUAUGAUUCAAAGAUUUUCCUGAGGAAGAACGCCAUUACCGCAGAUCCGAUUCAAAUGGUCGACAGUCAGAAAACUACUUCACCACCAGCCAAAGAGAACACAACGACCUGGGAGGAUACAGAUCCGACGUAUGAUCCCAGAAUUUUCUUAAGAAAAAACGCCAUCACCGAAGAUCCAAUUUCAAUUGUCGGAAGCCAUAGGACUACUCCAUCACCAGCCAGAGAAAAUACAGUGAGCUGGAAGGGUACUUAUCUUCCAUAUGAUCUCCCAGAUUUAAAGAUGAAAAACGCGCGCAACGAGGAUCCAAUUCCAAUGGUCGGAAAUCAGAAGACUACUCCACCACCAGCCAAAGAAACCACAGUAGUUCGGAAAGAUAUAGAUACUCCGUUUGAUCCCACAAUUUUCGCUAUGAAGAAUGUCGUCAACCGAGAUCCAAUUUCAGUGGUCGGCAAUCAGAAGACUACUCCACCGCCAGCCAAAGAGACCACAACUACUUGGGAGGAUACAGAUCCUACAUAUGAUCCGAAGAUGUUAAUGAGAAAGAACACCAUCACAGAAAAUCCCAUUCCAAUUGUCGGAAAUCAGAAGACUACACCACGGCCAGCCAAAGAGACCACAACGACCUGGGAGGAUACAGAUCCUACGUAUGAUCCGAAGAUUUUCCUGAGAAAGAAUGCCAUCACCGGAGAACCGAUUCCAAUGGUCGGCAAUCAGAAGACUACUCCACCGCCAGCAAAUGAUCAACCAUAUACUCCCUAUACUCCCUCACGAACAGAGUCAACACCCAUUACAACUACUCCUCCUCCUUUACCUGAAUUAUCCGUUCCUCCAGUCUUAGACAAGAAACCACACCAAGGAUUUCUCAACCGUGACAACAAGCCAUCUGGCAUUCGUUAUAUUCCACCAGGCACCUCGCCAUACCCUGAUGAUUCAACAACUACGAAGAAUCCGGUGAUCCAACCUGAAAGUAUUGUGAAUGCUACUGCUGUUGCUAUCGACAACGAUGGAAAGAAGAGGAAGUUCUCAGAAGAUACUGAUUAUGAUGAUGAUUAUUAUUAA